ACACAUUUGUGAUUUUGUGCUACUCUGACAUUUGGAGUAGUACUGCAGUUUUUGGGUGUAACCAUUGCUGAUAAUUCUGCAUCGUGUGGCUACAGGACCCCCAAGGAGUUAUCCCUCUGCAUGAGUAGCGCUAUCUCAGAGAAAUGGAGACAAGGCGACUGAGAAGAGACAUUGAAGCCCUUCUGGGAGAUUACAUUGGUCAGAAACUGAGAGAGAAUGGCUUUGACCCCAAGGGGAAAGGAUCCACUAGCAUGCUGGAUGACCUGGCCCAUUAUGACUUGGCCAUAAGUGUUGCCCUUUGGUGGCUAGAGAAAGAGGAGCGACAUGAUGUGAUGGACAGAGAAAUUGUUGGAGUGGGCAGCCCAGGUUAUAAUGACCAGUACCCCAACCACCUGGAGAGAGAAGCCAUGAUCCUUUCUUCCUUCGCUGGGAUGAUCCUGAAUAGCUUGCCUGUAAAAGACAUUCUUGCCCUCUACACCACCAAACCGUCUGCCGCUUAUCCCCACCAGCACUCCAAGAGCGCCAUUGUUCAUCCCUUCACCUUGUCCUAUCACCCGUUUGCCAUGCUGGGCUCAUUCAAGGCCGUGGACCACUCCAGAAAGCACACCCAGAAUUUGAAGCGGUGGCUGUCUGUGCAGGGUAAACGAGGUGCUGCCCCUGAUGGACGGAGGGCCUUGGUGCAGUCCUCCUCAUCCACAUCUAACUCCUUUCUCUGUGACAGUGGUGAGUCAUUGAAAGAACAAGCAGAGCAUUAUGAAGUACCACAAUAAUCUCUACAGGAUUAAGGAAAGUCCUUUACUCAUCUGUGUUACUACACCAUUAUUAUAUGGUUAUUACAUGGUUAUUACAUGGUUAUUACAGGGUUAUUCCUGUGUUAUUACACUGGGUGAAAUUUGUGAUGUCCAUGUUAUGAGCCUGCUACUACUGGGCCUUCACAUUCAAGGAACCCUGGCCAAUAGUAAGUAUCAAUCCUCCAGUGUGUUAUCAUAUCACUAGGGGUUUUGUCUAUAUUUGGUUGUAGGUCAGACCAUGUCCAUCUAUAAGCAAUACAAAUGUUUGACUGCAUCAUAGACAUUACUGUACACACGUUACUGUACAAUAAACCAUUCACUGUCUGUAACAAAGUUGCCUAGUUAAAUAAAGGUUAAAUUAAAAAGUA